UUUUAAUUAUUCACCCAUACCUAAUCAUCAUUUUCAACCAGUGCUAGUGUACUAUAAAGAAUGGCUACUGGAACACUGCAGACACCCCCAGUGGUGCUUAGAGUCAAGAGGAAGAGGGAAGAGGACCCAGCAGAGGCUCUGAUGAUUGUUAAGCAUAUGAAGAUUGACCCCCUCUGCACCGAUGCUGAUGCACCUUUGAGUGUGUUCAAGUUUGCCGGCACUGUGGUUAGUGCAUCUGCAAGUGAAGAGCUGAUCAUCGAGAAGGUCCGAGGCCACUCUCAACUGGUUAAGCUCAACCCUCUAGCCGGCCUCUCUUUGGAGGACUCUAAACAACAGAGGAGAGAACAACAGAAGGUCAGUCGCAAUGAACAUCGCUAUAAGCUGGUGUCUCAGUACCGAUCUCUACCAGACCAGCAAACACCACCAAGUGACCAAUCAGUGCAGACCCAAAGCAACCUGUGCAUACUGGACUUUGAAGAAGAUGCCGUCCCCAGCCCACCCCCUCUAGUGGGCGGGGCUUCUACUGUCUCUACUAAGAGUGCAAUUACUUGCAACGAUGUGACACUGACCAGAGAAAAGACUGCACAAGAGUCAGAUGAUGAUCUUCAGUUUGUGUAUGACCUGUACUACACUCAGGACCUGAGCAGAGAAGGAGUCACCACAAUGGACUGGGGGAGUGUGUGUGUCCGUGAGAUGGAGGUAGAGUUGGUUCAUGACAUCAUCGACGAUGAUUAUGACGAUGACGAUGACGACUCAAACGAUGAGGGAAACUGGAGGAAUGAUUAUCCUGAUGAAGAGGAUAUCUCACCUGCUGGUAGUCAUAGCAACAGCGACGAUGAUGAGCUCCAUGGAGAGUAUCGACACAAGGAUGCAUUCUAUGAUGAAGAUUCAAUUGACAACUACUUCAGAUGACAGUAAAAAAGAAGAAACCUAACAAACUAUGCAAUCAACGAAAACGUCAAACAAUUGAACUUCUCUAACUGAGUCUUAAUAAUUAAUUUCUUGUCUUUUAUCAUUGUUACAUUCUGCUAUGUAACUUACACUGAGUACAAGGACUGAUGCAAUAUUAUCAGCAGCUUGAGUGUUGAUGUGUUCCAUCAGCUGGCGACUUUUG